CGGGUGCGACACCUUUGUUGUUCGCCCGCAGGCCAUGCGCAUUGAGCAGUUCUGUUUUCAGAUAAUAACACACAAGAAGUGGUCAUCGCUGCGGGGCUUCUCUAAACCAGUAAAACUUCAGCUUUGCAGUUGGAUAGAAUAAUGUCGUCUGAAGAUGAAGUAAAUACUAAUGGGAUGCAAAACUUGGUAGUCAGUGAGCCUGCAACCAAGGCAAAAAGAACUGGAAUUGUCUUUGAUGAAAGGAUGAAAAAACAUUUCAAUGUUUGGGACAUAACUCACCCUGAAGUUCCAGAUAGAAUUCAGCGGCCCUAUGACAAGCAUAAGGGGUAUGGUCUGCUGAAAAGAUGCCAGGAACUCCCUUCUCGGUUUGCUACAGAUGAUGAGAUUCUCUGUCAACACAGCAAAGCUCAUGUUAACAAGAUGAAAUCAACGCAGACCAUGACAAAAGAGGAACUGUAUAACAUAGGGGCGUGUGAUUAUGACUCGGUCUACAUGAGUCAGGUGAGGAUUGGUUAAUUUCAUACAUUAGGCAACUUUUAAUUACUUCAUUAUCCAUUAAUUAGCAAGGGACAUGUCGCUCGGAUAAUUAACUUGUCCUACUUAAUUAUGGCAGUGAUAACAUAAUGCUGGACAGGUAUGAGAGUGAGACCUGUGUGCAUGGUUUUCAAGCUAGAUUUAAAGUAUCUUUUCUUAUCAUGCUAGACUGCUGGGACUCUAUUAUACCUGGAGAAUUUGUUUCUGAAUGUAUCUCCUUGAACUAAAUUAGACUGGUCCAAGUUUUGAUUUGAAGGAUGUGCUGAGUUGCAUUCAUAAUCAUGUGCUUUUUCAUACUCUCUUUUGUUGAAAUUUUGUACAGUUUCUCUGCAGGGGCAUUCCUUUGAUCCAUGAUCAGGAUCAGGAUCAAUGUUCUGAGAUUCAUGACUCAGAUCAUGACCAGUACAUUAACGGAACCUAACGAUUCCUUUCUUAGAGUGGAUUCAGUGGUUCAUUUGAUGCACCAUUGUCAGACAAAAGAUCCUGAUCUAGCUAGAUCAUCCCAAAGGAACGUUCCCUGAGUCACACUGGCCUCAUUUAGCCUUGAUUGUUCCUUACUGCUAACUGAAAAAGUUCUGGUAACGACAUGAAAUGAAAGCAAGACACCAAAUAAAAGACAGUUGUUUUAGGGUGAAACAAAAUGGAACAUAAUUAAGAAGUAAUGUGUGAAAAAAGAGCACAUUUUGGCAUUUUGUUUCAUUCUGACUGUUUCCAAUCUACAAAAGUUCAAGUUACUUUUACUUAGUAUUUUAAUGUAUUGUUAGCCAACCACAUCUCACAGAUAUGAAGGCAACUCAAACAAUGUCAAAUGAAAAAUUACUUGCAAAAGGAAAAGCAGUGACAUUUGAGCAAGAUAUGUACUAUAGUCAGGUAAAUACUGACAUCUGAUCUUGCCUUUCAUAUAAUGUGCAGUUCCAGAAAAUAUCCAUACUCCCCCCACAGAAGGGAUUGGAAUUUCCUGGGGGGUGGGAGUUCUG